AUGGCGUGUGGUAUUUUCUUAGCACUGGUAGCAUCUUGUCUCCUUGUUUCACUGGGAAAGGCUGACGUGGUGAAUGAGGCACUGGACACAGUGCAGGAGGGGUACGAUAAAGUAAAGGAUACCGUAGAAGGUAAUAAUGCAACCACAGCUAUCCCUGUUCCCUACGUUCCCAGCACCAAUGACACAACAGAACAGGACAGACCACCCUUGCUAAAUUUCAACAAUAAUAAAGAGGAUCGCACGAACAACAACAUCAACAAUGGAGUGUCAAACACGCAGGACAACAACAACAAGGCAGGUGUGUACUGUUGGGAGUGCACUAUUGCCAAAUCCAUGGAUAAUAGAAUCACGAGCAUGUGGGACGAGGUUGAUAAAGAAGCGGUACAAGGAAACCAGUGCAAGGCCCACCAGUGUCAGAACGGGCAGGACUGGUGCCUGGUAACUUAUUACCGGAUAAGAGGGGAGGGCAGCGUGACGGAGAGCAAGAAGGAGCGACAUGAAUGUGGCAGCAGGAAUGAUAGGGAUCGAGACGCACAAUGCCAAGGAUUACUGGCAGAAGAUAAAGGUCACAAUAGUAUCGUUCCUAGGACAUGCAAGACAGAGAGAUCUGGAAGUAACUCCGUACAUUCAUUUUACUCGGUCUCCGUAUCUGCCCUUCUCUCCCUUGUAGCCCUCGUGCUACUCCACUGACGUGCGCACACGUGGCUUUUAUACAUCAUAUCAUAUUAACAGAAGUGUGGCGGUUAUUUGCAUGUUCCAGAUUUUGACAGAAUAAACUCGUUGAUUCAGUUGAGAGCAGGAAGCUUUGUUGAGCGGUUCGUGGAAAAACCGUGUAAUUUAUUUGAUAGGAACCCUAAAGUUGGGCUGCUGCUGGCAGCGCUAGCGACUUGUGCGAGCUGGUUCAGUUGAGUUAACUUGAUAAUAUACUGGGUUUCUGGCUGUUCAAACGGAAAGUGCAUGGUAAUUAUUGAUAAAUUGGCCAAUCGUGACAGACUUUUCAGAUAGUGUAUAAAUUUAAUCCUCAUCAGAGCCGUUGAUUGUUUAUUCUGUAGGAAUAUUCGAAAAUUUUUCCAUUUUCCGUGAUCUUGAAAAUUUCUUAUCUCAUAUAAACGUUGAUUUUUAUAAACAAAUGAUAUAUUUUAUUUAGCUUUUAUUAAAUCAGUUUUUAAAUUAAUUAGGCGUAAAAAAAGAGCUUUGCUGAAAUUUUCACUUACACUUACAGCUGAAGUAUUUGAAGUGCACUUAAUAGUUAUGGUGUGUUAGCAAUAUGUUUUAAAUACAUUCUGAUGGUGGUUACAAAAUAUGUAUUAUACGUUUGCUACAUAGUACCCAUCUAGUUUUAAAAGGCCUGUUAAUGUUUACCAUCGAAUUUUUCCAAUCAUUUAGUUUUACUUUAGAGUCUGAUUCAUCGUUAACUUUCGUUAAUUCUUUUUAUAUAAACAACACUGCAUUUAUGAUCCAGCAAAGAUCACAGCAUUAAUAUAAUAUGAUUUGGUAUUUUUUGGACUCUAUUUCAUAUUUCAUUUUAAGCUACAUAA